AUGGAUUUCUCAAGUGUAAUAUCGAGCGAAAUCAGCAAGAAGAGAAAGAGCCUCCUGAGCAGGAAGCUGAAACGAUCUAAAAACAGAGAUGAGCUGGAUAACAAACAAUUGGAAAACGACAUUCAAAUCGAUAAAACCGCUGAGAUACGCGAACACAAAGAUUCAUUCACAAAUAACGAUAAGGAACUUCUUAACUCGAUCACAGAUGCUCAAUUGAAUGAAAAACUAGCUGAAUUCGACAAAUUGACACAAGAGGAAAAUCUAACUAAAUUGGAAAAGAUCAAGAAACUUCAAUUUCUUGUUAAACAAAGAGCUAAGAAUGAAAAGUAUAAAACAAUAAUCGAGAAGGAAGCCGAAUUCAGCAAGGACCCUGCCAAAAAAACCAUAGAUUUGAACUAUAUCACUGAGAUAGACACAUAUAGAGACAAGUUGUAUGUGAUUCUUCGAGUUUGUAUCAAGGAUAUGAUCCGCAACUGGGAAGAUAGCAUAAACUACUCAGAAUAUCAAACCGCGGUCCAGAAGAAGCUACUACACGAAACCAAGAGAGAUAUAGUAAAAUUACUCUAUAAACUCAGAUCUCACAAACUCAACGACGACAUGCUUACAUCGCUCACUACCAUUGUGUUUUAUCUCCAGAGCCACGACUUUCGUAGAGCCAAUGAAAGCUAUAUGAAGCUCAGUAUAGGCAAUGUUGCUUGGCCCAUUGGUGUACAAAAUGUAGGAAUCCAUGCCAGAAGUGCCUCUCUGAAGAUUGCAGGAGCAACCAAGGCUGCUAAUAUCAUGGUAGAUGACAAGACAAGACGGUGGAUCACGGCAAUCAAGAGGAUAAUCACAGCUACAGAGAGAAUACACAAAAAUAGUUAA